GGCAGACUUAGCUGUCAGGGCAAGGCAGGUUCUGAGCGGAAAGUCUUGAAUUGAUGAAAGCUUAGCCCAGAUCCUCACCAGCGCCGUUUGAAAUAUUUAGACUGUGAAAUAUUUAGACUCCACUGAUGUUCAUUUAACCGCGUGUGACAGAGGCGAAGUGGUCUUUAGUGAGAUACUGUAUCUGAACCCCACAUAUAUGUAUAAUCUGUAAUUUAACGAUCGUGACAAGUUUGAGACAAGGAUGCUGAGCAAGCGAAGCACGGGAAAAAGUAGUUACAGUCCUUACACUAUAGCACUGAGGGGCAAGAAAACGAAAUCAAAAACUGGCCUGGACGUGUUGCCCAAUCGCCCAAAGGUAUGGCUUACGGAGCUGCCUCGUAAAGAUGCUAUUGAGAUACCUGCCUUGCAGACUGGUAGCUUGUCUGAACUAUCUGCUGGGAAUGUUUCCAUGACAAAGCUCAGUAGUAGCCCGAGUGCUGUUAAUACUCUCAAAAGGCCAACCACCCUGAGCAGACACUCCAGUGCUGCUGGUUUCUCGGUGGCAACCUCUGGAACAUGGGGAUACAACAAAGGGUAUAAAGCCUCUCCCAUUUCCGGUGCCAACGCAGAAAGCUAUGAGGGACCCGAAGUGGAAGAGAUCACACAGCUGCUAUUUGAUGUGGCUCGGUUUGCUGAAUCAGUGGAGAAACUGAAGGAUAUUGUGUUAGAAGACAAAACCGAAACCCGCCGACCAACUGCUCAUGAGUACCUUGGGGAAAUGUUGAGGAUCCUGCGACAAGUGAUCAACAAGUAUCCCCUUCUCAAUACCGUGGAAAUCCUGACUGCUGCAGGCACAUUGAUUUCGAAAGUGAAAGGCUUCCAUUAUGAAUCUAACAAUGAGAAUGAUAAGAAGGAGUUUGAGAAGGCAAUUGAGACAAUAGCAGUGGCAUUUAGCAGCAAUGUCUCUGAAUUCCUCAUGGGAGAGGUGGACAGCAGUACUUUGUUAUCAUUGCCACCAACAGAUAAAUGCAGGUCAAUGGAGAAUCUCUGUGGUGGAAUUGCUGUACAGGGCGAUAUGGUACAAGCUAAGGAUGAGUUCAGUGAUUCAGGCAGUCUAUCUGCAGAAGAAGUGGACAUAAUACUUCAAAGGUCUGAGGGUGGUGUUGAAGCUGCUUUGCAAUAUGCCAAAACCGUUUCGAAGUACAUGAAAGAUUUGAUCACCUACCUGGAGAAAAGAACAGCUUUGGAAAUGGAUUUUGCCAAGGGGUUGACAAAACUGAUCCACACGUGUAAAAACACUAUUACCCAAGAGUAUCAUGUGCCUUUUCUGUCAAUUUACUCGCUGGCGCUGGAACAGGACCUGGAUUUUGGACAAAGCAUGAUACAAGGAGUUAACAUUCUUCAGAACCAAACCUUCCUGCAGCCAUUAGCUGGAAGAAGGCUGGAUCAUGAAAAACGCAGAAAAGAAAUUAAAGAACAGUGGCAUCGGGCGCAGAGAAAGCUGCAAGAAGCUGAGGCAAACCUUAAAAAGGCAAAGCAGGCGUACAUGCAACGUUCCGAGGAACAUGAGAAGGCCAUGUACCUGACGGUAAAAGCAGAAGAGGACCAGCAGAGUGCAAGCAGCAGCAACGCUAGCAAGACUCUAGACAAGAAGCGGAGGACAGAGGAGGACGCACGCAACAAGGCUGAUGAAGCUGAGGCAACAUACAGAACAUGCAUUGCAGAUGCCAAGACACAAAAGCAAGAGCUGGAGGAUGUGAAGGUGAAUGUGCUUCGGCAGAUCCAGGAAAUAAUCAAACAGAGUGACCAGACAUUGAAGUCGGCCACCAUCUCGUACUACCAGAGAAUGCACAUGCAAACGGCACCGCUGCCUGUGCACUUCCAGACACUCUGUGAGAGCAGCAAAUUAUAUGACCCAGGCCAGCAGUAUGCAUCUUAUGUCAAAGACCUUCAGAUGGAAGCCGAAACAGAAACACAUUACGAUUUUGAAUCCUAUUUGUCUCAGAUAACAUGGUCUCCCCACGUAAGGCCUCGUAAGGGUAGUUUCAAUGCAAGUGAAUUUGCUGCCCAUACUGCAAAUGAGAUGCAAUCCCAGUCCUCGGUGGACGAGCCCGGCAGUCCAGAGGGAGGAUCGACUCAGAAGGAAGCACGAGGUGGGGGACCUACUGAAAGGAGAGGAGUCCGCAGUCACCAGGUGCACAAAUCCUGGCCUACUACCAUGAGUGAUGCAGACAGUGUUGGAGGAGGCGUUGGCCUGGAUUCCCCUUCAUCUGCAACAGGUGAUUUUUCCAGAAAAUUGCCCAGGAUUCCUUCUUCUGGCGCUAUAUCAACCACGGAGGAUAUAGAUGAUAAGGAUGGCAGUACAAACUUUGAGCAAAGCAUCAAUGGGAUGGCUCCAGAAAUAGCAGUAUCUACUGGUCCAUUCAAAAAUGUGCGACUGUCAAAGGCUGCACAAACACAUCGCCUCAGGAAACUUCGUACGCCAUCAAAGUGCAGAGAGUGCGAUAGCUACGUGUAUUUCCAGGGAGCAGAAUGUGAGGAAUGCAAUCUGGCUUGUCACAAGAAAUGUCUGGAGACGCUGGCGAUAAAAUGUGGACACAAGAAGCUACAGCGGAAGUUGCAGCUGUUUGGAAGGGAUUUUGCCCAGGUUUCCCGGGACAGCCUCGAUGGAAUCCCAUUCAUCAUCAAGGCGUGCAUCUCUGAGAUUGAGAAGAGGGCUUUGAAUAUGAAAGGAAUCUACCGCGUCAAUGGUGUAAAGACCCGUGUUGAGAAACUGUGCCAGGCUUUUGAGAAUGGGAAGGAACUGGUCGAACUCUCUCAAGCAUCACCACACGACAUCAGCAAUGUGCUCAAACUGUACCUGCGACAGCUUCCAGAGCCUAUUAUGCUGUUUCGUCUCUAUAAUGAUUUGAUGGGACUGGCCAAAGAGAGCUUGCAGAGCACAGGGGAUGCAGGAAGUAAAGAGUCGACAAUCGAAAAGGAUUUACUGCUACUUGUGGCACGACUGAAAGAACUGCUGAAGGAUCUGCCGCCUGCAAACAAGGCCACACUGCAGUACAUCAUCCGACAUCUUAGAAAAAUUUCAGAACUUGAACAAAGCAAUAAAAUGUCUCCAAGUAAUCUGGGGAUUGUAUUUGGACCUACGCUAAUGAGACCCAGGCCUACAGAAGCAACUGUGUCUUUGUCCUCCCUUGUUGACUACCCUCAUCAGGCUCGCAUUGUGGAAACAUUAAUUAUCUACUACUCAGACAUAUUUGAACUUAAAGCAGAGUUUAACGUGCCUUCAGAUGAAGAUAUUGUGGAUGAAGCAUCACCAACUGAUAGUUACAGUGAGAGAGAGUCUUCUGCAAGAAGAGUGGGAUCAGGGAGUGAUUUACCUUACCUUGAUGAAUCAGCAGAGUUCGACAGAGAGAGGUUAUACUCUGAUACGCUUUGUGGAAACUCUUUAGGAUCAGAAAAAUCUUCAGAAUCGCGUGAGCGUUCACUGGAUUCUGACUCUGAGCUAGAAGAUGGUGCACAUGAAUGUACUACUGGACAAACAGGGUCUGAGGAAGGAAUCCGAAGAAGUCGAAAGGGAUGCUUGCCAAAACAGGAAAGUGUAGCCAGUGCUGACGAGCCUCCUUUCUACAAUGACAAUGCAGACGAAGAGUGCAAUAGAUUAGCUAAACAGACUGAGAAUAGUCAGGCUCAAGGUUCAGAUGCUGACGUGUCUCAGACUGAUGGGUUAGCAUCAGAAAUAACUGUUGAAUGUUCGACAGCUUCAUCACAACAGCUGGAGAAAGGUGGGCAGGCAAAUACUGGUGAUGAGGAAAUGGACCGAGCGAAGAAUUCCAACAAAAGUCUGGCAGACUUCAAUACAAACCAAUCAAAUAAUGUGGACAAAAGUCAUUGGCUUCAUGUUCAUAUCAGCAGGCCAUCGCAUAUGAGAGAGCGGCGCAGUCAGUUGCCGUGGGUACGGAUGCGUCAUGGGAAAAUAGACAUUGGACUUGAAACUCGAGACCCGGAAUUUGUCUAAUGAUAUCUUGUCAAGAUUUGCUUUUUUUGUGUAUAGUUUUCCACAAAUGCUAGAGAUGCUUUUUGCUGGAUUAAUGAAAGAACUAUAUGAAUGGUAGCAGGGCGUAAGAUCGAAUUUCAAAAUAACUUUCACACUGGUUGCUCGUUCUCAUUUUGAGGCAGACUGUGCCAGUGAUUCCAUCCCAGAGGUAAUUAAAAUGUGAAUGAAUUUGGUAAGUCCAAUAAUUGAAAUCAGCCACACAAUUUACAAAAGUAAUGCCAUGAAACAGUAUUAAUAUUCGGUAGUAAUUUACUUCAGGAAAAUGUAACACAUUGAGGAGCUCCUAAAAUAGAAGGAACCUGAUCAUUUUGCAUGUAGCAUUCAUUGGGCAAUUGGCCAGAUAUUUGUUGUAAGCACCAAAAUCUUACAAUUUAUGGAAAGCAGGUGUACAUAUAAGGUCAUGUUCAAUAAGAAUUAUGAUUGUUUGUCAUGAUUGUGAAGUGCAAAAAAAUUAAUAACUGAAGCCUACAUGGACUAUAAAGAUUUUUUUCAAUAAUUUUUAAAAGAUUUGCUUAAAUUCCUUUCAAAGAUUGUAGAUGUAUUUUGUCAUCUGCAUGGUCAUUGUUCUUGCGUCUUGGCCAUUCUGUAACAGGAGUUAUCAAAGAUGCACAGUCCAGUCCUUCUUGGAGUUAUUCAGUGUUGUUCAGGAACAAAAAGGUGAAUUUUCUUUCCCUCCUCCUAAUCUGAGGUCCUGAACCCACUUCUGCCUGCCCUAACUUUGUUGAGAGAAAUCAACACAAAUUGGGGGCUGAAUUUGGACCUUCUCAGGCUCUGCGACUUCCUGCACCAUCAGGGGGUGCACCUGAGCUGCGAUUUUUGAGCUGGACUCUUAGCUAUUCUAUGCACCCACUGGUAACGUUUUCAUUUUUUUUCAUCAGUGAUGGACAUUGCUGGCAUUUAUCACCAAUCCCUCGUGCAAAUGGAGGUGAAAAUACUGCUUGCUCCAAUGUAGUAAUGUGUUGAAUGUCCUCUGCGCUGUUACAUGCGCAGUUCCAGAGCUUUGCCCCAGCAAAGAUGAACAAAUGGUGAUAAUAUUUCCAAGUCAGGAUGGUGUGUAACCUCGAUUGGAAACUUGCACAUGACUGUGUUUCCACGUUCCUGAAUGCCUAUGCCUUUGCCUUUCUAGAUGGUUGUGGAUAUCAGAAUGGCUGAUGAAGAAGCCUUAAUAAGUUGGAGUGAGUCAUGUGGAUGAAUGCUGUGUGCAGCCAUUGGUACCAGGAAGUGAAUGACUAAGGUGUUGUGUCUGACUGUCGAAUGGUCUGCUUUAUCUUGUAAGAUGUUGAACUCCUUGAACGUUGUUCCAGCUUUGUCAGUCUAAGCAAAUGGAUUAUUCUGUCACACUCAUGGCUUGUGCCUUGCAGGUGGUGGACAGGCUUUACAGCAUUUGAAAUGAGUCAUUCAGCUCAAGAUACUUAGACUCUGCCUUGCUGCAGUAGCAAUAAUAUUUUUCUGACUUAAUCAGUUUCUUUAAAAUGAUGACCUCCAGGAUUUUGAGAGUAGGCAAUAAGAGUGCUAUGAAAUAUAAAGAGAAGGUUUGUUGCUAGAAUCUAUUGAACUGGGGAAUUGUGAAUGAACCCAAAUAAUCAUUGCAAAACUUCCCCACUUCUGGUUACAAUGUAAGAGACUUACAGAAUUCAAAGCUAAUCUCUGUAAUAGUGUCUGUGAAACUGCCGAGAUUGAGUACAAAACGGCACUUUUGCUGACAGUGUUCUUUUACGGAAGGAAAUCUUUGGCCUACAUGUGACUCCAGACCCACUGCAGUGUGGUUGACUCAACUGCUUUCUGAAAUAGUCCAGCAGGCCACUCAAUUUAAGGGCCUCUUGAAUAUGGUCAUGAAAUGCUGGCUUUGCCUGUGAUGCCCAGAUCCCAAUAAAGAUUUUUGUUAAAAAUGCUGAGGAUGUUUGGGCAUGGGAUGCUGUGACAAGGAACUCCUGUAGUGAGGCCCAGAACUACAACCAUCUUCCAUUGUUCUAGGUGUGUUUGCAGCUGUUGGAGAGUGUUCAGUCUGAUCUGUCUGUUUUGGCCAAGGAUGAAAGUCCUGGUAAUACGCAAAUUAAGCAUAGGUGAACAGCUAAUUGGUGAGUAAGUACCACCUGACAGAAUUAUCACUUGCUGAUGACUCAAGAGUAGGAUGGUCAUUGUUCAUUUGGAUUUGUCUAUAUAAGAUGUUGUAGCUGCACUGAAAUAAAUUGACUUAAGAGUGUGAACUGCAGUAUUACUAUAGGAAAAGAUGCUAUAUAAAUGCAAGUUUUGUUGCAAGAUAGGUCAAUCA